AUGAGUGAAUAUCCAAAACGAAUAUUAGGUAAGAGAGCUAAAACUCCAAAUAUUAUAUUUUAUUUGAUUGAAUUUGAGACUCCUACUCAUAAAGUGAGAACUUAAUGGAUAGAAAUGUAUAAAUUAGGCAAUUACUUAGAUUUGAUUGAAUAAUAUGAAGCAAGAAAUAAUUAGAAUUAUUAUAUGGAAUUAUUAAAGGAAAUAAUUGAAGAUGAUGAUUAAUAUGAAUAGAUAAGAGAAUUAGAUUCAUUAAAAAUAACAGAAGAUUAGAUAUGUAGAUAAACAACAACUGAUUUUAUGAUUCCAUAAAGAGAAAAUUAAGAAUUUGUAUAUCAUUUAAAGAAAGAAAAUAAUUAAUAAGUAGAAUUGAAUAAAGAAUUGAAAAAUAUUACAAAAUCAUUUUAAAAAGGAGGGAGUAGAGUUGCAUUUACUGAAGAAUAAAUAGUAAAAAUAAUAACUUAUGCUAAAGAUGAAUUGGAUAAUAAUAAAUAUAUAUUUUUGGUAGAAUGGAAACCAAGAGAAAGUGGACAUUUUAUAAGACCAUCAUGGGUUGGAUAAGAGAAGAUGAUGCAAUAUGCACCAUAAUAUUUAGAACGUUUUGCAAAUGAAAAAGGUUUCAAAUUAAAUUGA